AUGCCAUUGGAUGUGUUCCAAUCACCUCUCAUGGGCAAACAGGAAGGCAUUCCUGGCCCCAUGCUAGAUGAUGGGUUCAUGCCCGAUCAACGAGCACCCGAGUUGGCCUCGCCGGUCGUUCCGUUAACAACGACGCCAGUUAUUGUUGCACGGUCCGAUACCGACAAGGCCAAGCUGAGACGAGCGCGAAACGCCGAGGCCGCACGGCGGUCUAGGCGAGUCAAAUCCCGCAUCUCGGAGCUCGAAGUCCUGGUCGAAAAAUUGACGGCAGACAACCAACGCCUUAUCGAGGAGAAUCUUCGAUUGAAGACUAGCUGUUAG